AAACUUCCGAGCUGGGAUCCGCUUGUUGCUGUAGCCUUCCACAUCAACAGCAACUCUUUCUGCGAUUUAACCACUGCUCCAUCUUGCUUGCUUGCUACCUACACAAACGCGCCCUUGCGAUUGUCAUUUUACGAACUGAAAGCAAACACAAAUCGCGCGAGAUAAUACACAGCCGGCAAGAUGGAUUACGAUCCGAUGGCAAUGGAUGACGCCGAGUCGCUCGGGCCCGUCGUCAAGAUCUCGCAGGCCGACUCGGUCCGCGUCAAGUUCGAACUCCAGAAUGCCGACAUCUCGUUCGCCAACUCGCUGCGCCGCGUCAUGCUGGCCGAGAUCCCAACCAUCGCCAUCGACUUGGUCGAGAUUGAAAGCAACAGCUCGGUUCUUGCUGACGAAUUCAUCGCCCACCGUCUUGGUCUUAUCCCACUCAACGCCGAGGGUGUCGAGCACCUCCUCUAUUCCCGCGACUGCGACUGCGAAGAGUACUGCGAAAACUGCAGCGUCAAGCUCACGCUCCAUGCCAAGUGCACUGGCUACGAGAACAUGUCGGUAUCCGCGCGCGAUUUAGUACCUAUUGGCGAGCGCAUAAAUCAAUCUCUGGGCACGCCAGUUAUUAACGACAAGGACGGCACCGGACCGCUCAUUCUCAAGCUGCGCCCCGAGCAGGAGAUCAAGCUCGAGUGUAUCGCGAAGAAGGGCAUUGCGAAGGAGCAUGCGAAAUGGGCACCAAGCGCAGCCAUCGGGUUUGAAUAUGACCCCCACAACAAGCUCCGCCAUCUUGACCUUUGGUAUGAGAAGGAUCCCAAGUCGGAAUGGCCUCCUAGCGAGUAUGCCAAGUGGGAAGAGCCACCAGUGGAAGGCGAACCUUUCGACUUUGACGCCGUCCCCAACCACUUUUACUACAACGUCGAGACAGCCGGUAACCUGCCACCAGAUGGAAUCGUCACCGAGGGCAUCAAGGUCAUCCAGCAAAAGCUCGCUGGUCUGAUUCACGAGUUGACUGAAGGGGAGGGUGAAGGUGGCUACGACGGACCCCGCAGCCCAGAUUACAACAGCGGUCCUGACACCGGCUAUGGGUACUCGACAUCCUACGGCGGAAAUGGCGGGAACCAGAGCGCCUGGGGUGGCGGCGGCGGAACCACUCCAUUCGGCGGGCAGACUUCCUAUGGCGGUGGCGGUUGGUCUUGAAUGAGGCAGCAAGAAAGGAUCAGACUUGGUAAAUCGGGUCUGGUGGGAGCCAUGACGUUGGAAACAGCUCAAUACGACGCCAAAAUUAUCGCCUCACCGGUAACGACAGAUCCGGGCUUUACGGCAGCGCGUUGCCGGCGUUUCCAUCUUCUUCACCAGCUUCUUGUUAUUGUGUACAAUACUAUACCCAGCACACGCACAUCAUUCAUCAUUCAUCACAGCAAUCCGAACUCACUCCUCAUCACCCGAAUCACCGCAUCAGUACCCUUGCCGAGCCCCUUUAUUACUCAUCCAUUCUCAUAACAUUGCGAGGGCUUUUUUGCUGCUCUUGAAGGACCAAAAACUGGAUACGAGGUUCAUUACAGGUUUCUUGGGGGGGAGAGAGAGAGAGAGAGCGACUCAAUAAAGAAAAGUCAGUUUUCAUUGGGGGUAUCUCAACCCGAACCCAAAAUCAGCGUCCCUUGUUACUUGUACAUAGAUAUAAUUUGUAUCAAAAGGCUUCAUAUUUGAGGUAAAUAAAAUAAAAUAAAAUAAAAAGAUAACCAAC